UAUAGAACUUCAAAAUAUUAAUGAAAUAUCCAUUCAACAAUUGAACUUCUUGUCUGACGAAGUUAUCUCUUGAAUUCCAAUCAUGGCCCCGAGUCUUAUCCAUUCGUCUUUGCAUGCCGUUCUUGAUGGAACAGAGGCCAAACUAGAUCCCACGGCCUAUGCCGUUGAGCAUUAUCGAGGAAUCAAAUAUGGAAAAAUAUCCCAACGAUUUGCUAAGGCAGUAGCUGUAGAUGACUGGCACGGUGAAAAACUCGACUGUUCUCGUUUCGGCCCACAAUGCCCACAGAAUAAUGUUGACACUGGCCAUCUCUUACGCAUCCCAGAAACAUUAGAUAAAGGCCAGGAGGAGGUGAAGCAAGACGAAUUCGAAUGCCUCAAUCUCAAUGUCUCCGUCCCUGCCAGGACAACUUCUACAAAGGACCUGGUCCCUGUCCUGAUCUGGAUCCACGGCGGGUCGCAGAUAAUGAGCUUUCCCCCAGCUGCUCAUCGAUGCUCUGACACGACGACACUUGUCCAGAGGUCAAUUGAGAUAGGGAAACCGAUGAUAAUAGUAACUUUCAAUUACCGUCUAAAUAUCUUUGGUUUCGGGGACGGAGGCGAGAAGAACCUGGCAUUAAAAGACCAACAGUUGGCCAUAGAAUGGGUUGUCAAGCACAUUGCCGGGUUUGGCGGAGACAAGAAUAAUAUUACCCUUGGAGGAGAGAGCGCCGGUGCAGUAUAUGCUCACGCUCAUUUGACUAGCGGGUCACCGGUCGCACGAGGGUUAUUACAAUCCGGAUCACUCUAUCUAUCCCCACCUCAGCCUCUCGAGAAAGGAACGAGUCUGAUUUCUGGCCUAUCCGCAAGCCUCUUGGAAAGGCAUAACGUGUCGCUCAAUGAAGCGCCUGAACCAAUUCUACUUCAAUCGCUCCUGGAAAAUAACAUCAACCCCUUCUGGAUCCAACAAGAACCCGAUCUUGUAGGCUGGGAAGGGCGCGUUAACGACGUGCAAGAACUCCUCAUCGGAGACGUAGAAUACGAGUCUGUAAUCUGGAGGAAUGGUAUCGAGACUGUUAGCGCUUCUGAAAUAGCAGCGAUUUUCGACAACGAGGAACUGAAGAACCUGUACGGGGUUUCUCCAUCUCGGCCUACGGCAAGUAGAUUGGCGGCGUUGGAUUUUAUCAACGAUCUUCGAUUCGCAUUACCUAUCGAGGAGAUAUCUGCCUCUCGCCGCAGUGCAGGGAAAGCAACGUAUCAAUAUGUUUUCGAUCAAGUUAACCCGUGGCAGAGCUCAAGUAGAGCACAUCACGGUGUUGAUCUCAUUUCGUUAUUUGGGGGAUAUGACCUCACAUUUAACCCUGCUGCUGCUGCCGUAGCAAAAGCGAUGCAAGAACGCUGGAUUGCGUUUGUGAAUGGCGAAAGCCCGUGGAAUGGGGAGAAGAGGUUUGCAUUUGGGCCACAUGGGAAAAGUGGAGAGAUUACAGAUGAAGACUUUGCUGCAAGGAGACGCGUGGGACAUUUUGAUUUAUUGCGACAGAUGGAUUCGAUGAAACUUGGAGAUUAA